GGAACAGUGAGCGAAAGCAAGGCGCCGCCCAGCUGGACAACAGUAGUAAGAAGCAGAAGCCCUAGCCUGCAAAGGAGCGAAGAAUUUGUUUGAUCGGUGGUGAGUAAGGACUAAGGAUGGAGAUGUCAAGCGAAUUCGAUCGCCUUCUCUUCUUCGAGCACGCUCGCAAGACUGCCGAAGCCGCCUACGAGAAGAAUCCCCUUGACGCCGAUAACUUGACGAGAUGGGGCGGUGCGUUACUUGAGUUGUCACAGUUUCAGCCUGUUCCUGAAUCCAAACAGAUGAUUCUCGACUCUAUUUCAAAGUUGGAGGAGGCAUUAGACAUCAAUCCCCAAAAACAUGAUGCUGUUUGGUGUCUGGGAAAUGCACAUACAUCUCAUGCAUUCUUGACUCCUGAUCAAGAUGAAGCUAAGGUUUAUUUUGAUAAAGCAACCCUAUGUUUUGAGCGUGCAGUUGAAGCGGAUCCAGCGAAUGAUCUUUACCGCAAAUCUUUGGAAGUUGCUGCUAAGGCUCCUGAAUUGCACACAGAGAUCCACAAGCAUGGUUCAAUGCAACAAGCUAUGGGGCAAAUGGGGCCAGGGCCUUCUACAUCUACAAGUACAAAGCAGACUGCAAAGAACAAGAAGAGCAGUGAUCUUAAGUAUGACAUUUUUGGAUGGAUUAUACUUGCUGUUGGUAUUGUUGCAUGGGUGGGCUUUGCGAAAUCUCAGGUUCCCCCUCCACCGAGAUAAGCAGAACACAUUCAGCUAUACUCAAAGCUCUGGAUAAUAGGAUACUUGCUGGAGUUGCAGAAAUUUUUUCCUCAUGUUUUGGUCGUGUAAUGGCCUCGUCUUAGUUUCUAUCAGACCUACGGAAUAGACUCAAUAACCAGUAAUUUUAUUUUUCUUAUUCCUAUCUCUUGAGAAUGCUGAUCUUUGUUUUCUAUAUUUGUUUUGUUGAAUUUGAAAUUUUAGCUGCUGCAUAAGUACCUUGUUGAAUAUCUUUUGCUUUA